AUGGCACCGGUCCUUCCACGACAACAUUACCACUACCCUUCGCCUCCUCGACCCCCGAAAGAAACGCCAGGAAUACCCGUCCCCGUCACAAAAUACAUCAGCAAGAAAGUUUUCUUACAACUCUUUGCUGGCACCGUUUGUAUCUUCGUCCUUGGCGUCCUGUUCUGGAAGAUAGGUCGGUGUUUUCGGCGGUUUACUCGGAAUAACGUGCUCAAGAAGGGGAAAAGGGUUAAUACUCGGUACGCAAGGGCAUGGUAUGGUUGGGUACCAUUAAAGAAGCACGAGGCGGCCAAGAACGUGUUCCGGAAGUGUUGGAGGAAGAUCUGCGAGUGGACGACUUGGAAAACGACUAGGGCUGAUUAUCGUUGGGUGUGGUGGGAUCCGGGACAAACAGCACACGAGGAGUAUCGCCAAAACAGGAGUUUCCUGCGAUGGGUACCAAAAUGGUUUAGGAGCAAGGAGCACACAACCGCGGAUACGAUCUGGAACCGUGGCCCUCCCCCAGAACGGCAU